AUGGAUUUGGGACUGAUCUCUUCAUUGAUAGAGCUGUUGCGGAAAGCAGAAUCUCCGGUAAAGAGCUCGAUCUGUGCCAUUGGUACCAAGGCGGCACUUCAAUUCAAAAAAAAGUGGGUUGAAGAUGCAAUUAUCGAUGAAGAAUAUGAUGAUUUGAAACUAAGAAUCAACUGUAUGGAGAAAAAUUUGAAAGAAUUGGUCAGACACAUUGAUGCGUAUUGUAUCAAUUUCGACGAAUUGUUGCAAACAUCGAGGAAGAUAGGUGAAUCAGCUAAAGCUGUGUUUGAUCCGUAUCACAGUUUGUCCAAGUCAACUCUAACUAAACUAGGUGAAUAUCAGUCUAUCGAGAGGUCCUCCCUCUUUCUGUCUCAAACUAAGUGCCUUCAAUUUGGCAAUGGAUAUGCCCUGUGGGCCCGCUCUUCUGAUCUUGCUGAUAUUAGUGAGCGAAUCCACAAACGUAAUCAAAAAGAACUUGAUUUUGUUCGGGAAGUUGUUACUACUAAAGCACUGGAAGCACAAAAAUAUAUUGACAGCAUAGGCAAAACCAUGAAAAACCGCCAGUCAAUUCUCACUCAGUACAGUAGAACCACAUUUGAAUUGAAUGACUUGCUUAAGAAGAAGGAGGCCAACCAGCUCAGUCUAAAGCAAUCGCAACAGCUUUUCAGUCAAGAAAGGAAAGCUGAAAUGCUACUUCAAGACUACGAGGCUGUCAACUUCACCCUAAAGUCGACAAUGCCAAAACUUCUUCAGCUUAAUGAUGAGCUUACGACAACAUUGCAACAAAUGGUAUAUUAUCUUCAGUUGACUAUCUUCUAUCAAGUCGAUUUGCAGUUGACAAGCCUAGAAGAAGUGUUCAAGGUUACAAACGGCGACAGUGAUCCGCAGGUUGGUCUCUCCACAUUGACAAGGGAAAUUGAUGGUUUUAAAAUUGUCAAUCGAUAUCUGAAUGCAAAAUCUUCGGCGUCUCCAGAUAAGAAAGAUCAAUCAACGGAAGUAUGCAUUGCACUCUAUGAUUUUGAGGCUCAACAAGAUGGUGAUCUUACAAUCAAGAAGGGCGACCGAGUCAAGCUCCUUGACAAGGGUAAGGGAUGGUGGAAAGGAGAGCUUGAUGGUAAAGUUGGACUUUUUCCUCAUAAUUACGUGAAGCUCGUCGCCAGCUCCUGA